GCAUCCUGGGGAUAGAGGAAUGUUUCUGCACUUCCCAGAUCCUUCAUGUCUGUGAAUCCUCUGAGUAAUUGACUGUGUGUGUGUGUGUGUUUAUGUCUUUGCAAGUGCGUGUGUGAAGAUAAAUCCUGUAUUACUUGGUGGAGAGAGGAUAUUCUGUCCAGAUGAGAGAGUGGACUGAGUUGGAGAUGAGCUUUUCGGCAGGGGGGUUUCUCUCCGCCUCGGACGGUUACUGCUCAACAGAGCAGCUCCAGUAUUAUGACAUGCUGGCUGACCCUCUGGGAUACCCCCUUCAGGACCCUGACCUUCAGCUGCUCCCUUGCAGCCAACAACAGUACAGCCCCGCCAACGUGCCCUUCUCCCUCUAUGGCUCUCCGCCCUCCUCCACCUCCUCUCCGUCCUCUUCCUCUUCCUCCUCGCAGCCCUGCCAUCCUCCGUACCACUACAGCCCUCAUUGCCUGGAGGCCCCCUGUGAUCCCAGCCUUGAGCCCCACUGCGGGGUCCUGGCUCAGGGGUUCGGAGCGGGGGGACUGCCCCUGGGGCGGAGGAUGCGGGUGGUGUCGGGAGGGAAGGGAAGAGGUCAGGAAGAGCUGUGUGUGGUGUGUGGAGAUAAAGCGUCGGGGUAUCACUACAACGCUCUUACCUGUGAGGGAUGCAAAGGUUUCUUUCGCCGUAGUGUGACUAAAAAGGCUGUGUAUCAAUGUAAGAGUGGCGGUGGCUGUGAGAUGGACAUGUACAUGAGGAGGAAGUGCCAAGACUGUCGGCUGAGGAAGUGCCGCGCUGUGGGGAUGCUGGCUGAGUGCCUUCUGACAGAGGUGCAGUGCCAGUCCAAACGACUGAGGAAAGGCGGUAAGGUCAGAGGACACAAGGAAGAGGAGAACACAGACAACAAGAGGGUCAGCUCUACCAGCAGGCUACCCGGACAGGCUUUGUCUGCCAGUCUAACCCGAGAACAGAAGUACCUUGUGGACAGGAUGGUGGAGGCCCAUCAGCUGUACACAGCACAGGACAGCAGCCGCUGCAGGUUGCUUGAGUGGUCGUGUACAGAAGAAGGCGAGGGCUUGUCUGACGUCGCGUCGCCACAACUGCAACGGCUGCAACAGUUUGCCAGGACAGUGCCGGGGUUUGACCUCCUGGACUUUCCUGACCAGAGCUCUCUCUUGUCCAUCUCUUCGCUGGAGGUCAUGUUCCUGCUCUCAGCACAGCAGUUCUCCCACAACCCAACUAGCCCCAGUCCAGCCCUGCAGAUUUUCAGCAUGUCAUCACACAACUGGUUGAGAAAUGUAGCGUCAAAGGAAAACAUCCACAGUGGGAUGCCGGUCAAUUCAGGUGGCAGUGAGGAUCUCUUGGGGCCGGUGCUCAACUUCUUCCACAGCAUGGCAACGCUGCGAGUGACGGAGGCAGAAUACGCCCUGCUCACGGCAACAGCUCUGCUCUGCUCAGACCGUGCGUCCCUGCAGGCAGCCAGCUGCAUUGAGAGAAUGCAGGAACUGAUCCUGGAUCUGCUAUCCAGGGUGUGUGGGGCCCAGGCUGGGGCCGCGCGAGGGGGGCCACAGCGGUUCGGGCGCCUGCUGGGCCGACUGACAGAGCUGCGAACCCUUCGCCACAACUACCUCCUGCUGACGAGACGGCAGCCUGGACACUGACGGAGGAACCACCACGGGGCUCGUGUUUGAAUUGACGGACUAGAAGUGUUUCCACCGAUGAUCAGACUGUGAUGGACGCUUUGGUCUCUCUCACACACACACACACACACACACACACUUAUUGAAUUUUAGCUUAUGAUGGGACUGAAAUGUGUUUGUAGUUUGUUUGGACAAGGGAUAUUUUAUCAGCCUUUUUUUAUAUAACUGUUGUAUACAUUUACAAUUAACAGUACUUUUCACUAUGCUGAAUAUUGUUAGAAUAACAAUUAAACGCUGUGUGCUGGCUGGAGUUGACCAGUGGAAAAGGUCAGCGCCUUAAUGGACAUCACUUCCUGAGGGUUUGAGCUGAUGGGCUGAAUCCUUGAUGGAAAGCAUUUCAAUAUUAUUGUGAUUAUUGAAUGCAAAUUUAUAUUACUAUGAUUUAAAAAGCAACAACAUAAAACUGCACUGAGUUUCCCCAACAGGUUUUUAAUAGACAAUUUAUUUCUCAAAAUGUGGAAAUGCUAUUGAGACUAAAUAUGUUGUAGAAAUAUACAGGUAGUGCAAGCUUAAGGUAUAUUUUCUCCUUUAAUAAUUAUGGAGCUCUCGACAAUAAAGUGGAUAUUCAACAAUGAGCGAUGGCGGUUGGUUUUGUGUGAAAUCCAAACGCCAAUAUACAAUAACAAUGGACUCAAUGUGCUGUAU